GCCAUGGGGGCCACCGGACGUGAAUGGCAACGCCUCACAGCUGAAUCAGAAGAGGAAGAUGAAGACGAAUCUUCUCUUGUGGAGGCUGAACCCACUGUGGAUGCCUGUAAGAAGUGGAGAAACAACGCAGGCUUUUGGCUGCUGGGCCUCUGCAACAACUUUGCCUACGUGGUCAUGCUGAGCGCAGCCCACGACAUUCUCAGCCAUCAAAAAGUCCCCGGUGGCAACGGGACCGUACCGACUCCCCCCAGCACCACUCCAGCGAACGCCUCCAAUACCUCUCGCUACGACUGCAACAUCAUCUCUACAGGGGCUGUGCUUCUGGCCGACAUUUUGCCUACUCUGCUGAUCAAAUUCAGUGCUCCUUUUUAUAUCCAUCUCCUGCCCUAUGGUUUGCGGGUCAUCAUUUGUAUCCUGACGGCCCUGGGGAGCUUCUUGCUGGUCGCCUUCUCGGCAGGACCGGCCCAAAGCUUUGCAGGUGUUGUGCUGGCCAGUGUUUCGUCCGGUCUGGGUGAAAUAACAUUCUUGGCGUUCACGUCCUUUUUUGACAGUGCUGUGGUGUCUGCCUGGUCCUCAGGAACUGGUGGGGCUGGCCUGUUGGGGGCGCUCUCCUACCUUGGGCUGACACAGGCUGGGCUGACCCCUCAGCACACCCUUCUUAUCAUGACUGUCAUCCCUUUCAUCAUGCUGGCCAGCUAUUUGUUACUGGCUCCACCCCCACAAGCCCCACGCUGGGGUGCUCACCCGCCAGGGCCUCCGCAUCCCCCUUCCUCGACUCAUCAGCCACUCUUAGGGAGCGCAGCCACACUCCAAAACCAGUCACAAAGUCGCAAUAUCAGCUUUCAAGAAAAGGGGAAGGUGGUUAAGGGUCUCUUGAAAUACCUCCUGCCAUUGGCCGUUGUAUAUUUUGCAGAGUACUUCAUCAACCAGGGUCUGUUUGAGCUGCUCUAUUUCAAAGAGGCACCGCUGACCCACCCACAACAGUACCGCUGGUACCAGAUGCUCUACCAAGCUGGAGUCUUUCUCUCUCGUUCCUCUGCCAGCUGUGUACGGAUUCACCAUAUAUGGGUCCUGGCAGUGCUGCAGUGCGUGAACAUGGUGUUCUUCCUGGCAGCGGUGUAUUUCCUGUUUUUGCCCAGCAUUUAUUUAUUUUUUGUUCUCAUCGUCUACGAGGGGCUGCUUGGAGGAGCUAGCUAUGUGAACACCUUCCACUGUGUCAGUGCAGAGAGCCAGCCUGAGCACCGGGAGUUUGCCAUGGGGGUUGCGUGUGUAGCCGACACGCUGGGCAUCUCACUUUCGGGUGCCUUGGCCAUCCCUGUCCACAACUACUUCUGCCACCUCUCCUGAGGCCUGCUU